AAUCUUCACCCACUAGUUCACUGGUUUGCUCCCAUUAUGCCAUUCUGGGUGCGCUGCUCCAGAUACCUGUCAACCCACAAGUCCGAUCCUGAGCCAAACACCUGUGAACGCCGAGCCCGUAUCCGCCUGGUAAAGAUAGACGGGAGGGGAGGGAAAGGAGGAGGAGAAUCACCGGUUUAACUUCGCAGGAGGCUGAGCCGUGAACGGCCUUUAAAAACGGGAGUGUGCGCGUGAAUGUCUGCCGUGAGUCAGUAGAGUUCACUGAACCGUCGCGAAGAGACGUUUCCGCCCACAAGCAAGAUGGCGGCUCCCUUGCUGGAGAAUCUGUCGGAGUCCUUAGGUUCCCCGGAGCCAGCGGUUCGACUACUUCUAUCUAUUUUAAUCGGGUAUCCCUGUGCUCUGGUGUACCGGCGUUUCUUGUUCUACCAACCUGCCACAGUUAUACACUUGUUCCACACUUUCUCUGGACUGGCUCUAGCAGCAUUCAACUUUGCAGGCUCUCAGAUCUAUCACUCUGCAGUAUGCGUCCUUGUCCAAUUCCUGAUGCUGAGGCUCAUGGGAAGGACGGUAACAACUGUACUGAGCAGCUUUACCUUUCAAAUGGUAUACCUGCUGGCAGGAUAUUACUACACAGCGACAGGGGAGUAUGACAUCAAGUGGACCAUGCCUCAUUGUGUCCUCACACUCAAACUUGUUGGUUUGUCAUUUGAUUACUAUGACGGCGGGAAGGAACCAUCUCAGCUGAGUUCAGAGCAGAGGAUUGCAGCCCUACCGUCUGUGCCCUCCCUGCUGGAGGUGUGUGGCUUUUCCUACUUCUAUGGAGGCUUCCUGGUGGGGCCCCAGUUCACACUGCGCAGCUACCAGAAGCUGGUGGCAGGGGAGCUCAGCGACUGCCCUGGAAAGCCUCCGAACAGUGUCAUACCGGCUAUGAAGAGGUUUGCUCUGGGUUUUCUCUGCCUGGUGGUAUAUGCAAUAUUUAGUCCCUAUUACGCAGACAGCUACUUCCUAACCGAUGAGUAUGAUGCUCAGCCCUUCUGGUAUCGCUGUGUGUUCAUUCUGAUUUGGGCUAAAGUCAUCUUGUAUAAAUACGUCAGCUGUUGGGUUAUAGCGGAAGGCGUAUGUAUAUUAUCUGGACUAGGCUACAAUGGUGUAGUGGAUGGCGAGCACAAGUGGGACGCCUGUGCCAAUAUGAAGGUGUGGCGCUUUGAAACCACGCCACUUUUUGGAGGAACCAUCUCUUCCUUCAACAUCAACACAAAUGCCUGGGCUGCCAGACAUGUCUUCAAACGGUUGAAGUUCCUGGGCAAUAAGUCCCUGUCUCAUGUGGCCACACUCCUCUUUCUGACUUUUUGGCAUGGUCUUCACUCCGGAUACAUCCUCUGCUUCUCCAUGGAGUUCUUUAUCAUCACUGUAGAGAGACAGGCUCUGGCACUAGUGAGGGACAGUCCCUUGCUUUCAAAGUUGGCCAACAGCACACUCUACCCGCUCAUCUAUGUAGUCCAGCAGUUUCUCCAUUGGCUCUUCAUGGGCUACCCCCUUGUGCCAUUUUGCCUCUUCACCUAUGACAAAUGGCUCAAGGUGUAUUCGUCCAUCUAUUUCUGUGGUCACGUAUUCUUCCUCGUAGCCUUUUUAAUCAUGCCAUACAUUCGUAAGGUGCUGGUGCCUAAGAAAGAACGAAGUGAGACAAAGCAGGAUUAAACCGUGGUACUAAAACUUGGCAUGGUCCGUCUAAGGCUAAAUAUUCACUGAAGGGAACUGUGACUUUCAAGGAGCAGAAUGGAAAUAUUUUAAGGCCUUUAGUAAUAUAUAUGUCCAUGUAAAAAUAAAUUUCUAUAUAUUUUUGUGUUUUAAAUGGGAAGGGUGUUUUUAUAAACAUUUAGAGAAAUGUUUACAGGAAAUGACCAUCGUGCCACAUGGGGUAAAUGUGAGCCAAUCGAGGGGGCGGCGAAUUCCUGUUUGUUUUUUCUUCGGGGAGGGGGGGGGGGGGGGGGGUUGAAGAAACGUUGGACUUGUAGAACUUGAGAGACUUACAUGCUGUCGACACAGAAUUGCACUCACCAGUCACGGGUUCAGAGUCUGUAAUUGGCUCCGAUGUGUUUUUUUUUUUUUUUCUGUUUCAUUUCUCUCAUGUCUACCACCCGCAAUUAGCAGCAGACUUCACAGGAGGUUUAAGCACAGCGCCAUGUGGCACUUUCUUUAAUACAACAAUACUUUCUGCAAAAGAUAGUUGAUGAUAAUAAUUGUGAUAAUAAUAAUUUAUAAUCUGGGAGUUGUUUCUUGAAAAUGGCUGCCGGUGGUUAUACAAGCACUGUAAAUCACACAUUGUACACUAAACCCCAUCUCAAAAUGGCCUUGUAUUAAUGAAUGUUUUUACAGUACAUUUGUUUUUGAUUUGAUGUUUUAACAGCUUUUAUGAAUAUGAACAUUUUGUAGCUUUGGGAUAAAACAUCAUGACAUAGUUUG